AUGUCAGACACAGAAGCAACUCGCACAUCCACCACCACCCUGCCCACGGGCGAAGCUGUCGACCGUCCUCUUACGAACAAAGAAAAACGUCAGCUAGCAGUAGCAGAAAAACGUCGCGCUAAGGAAACCGCCUCUCCCACCAAGCGUAAACGCGACGAUGAACCCUCGUCAUCUGCCCCAACCAAUCCCUCCAACCCCUCCGACCCGUCCGGUGAAGGGCAAGAAGAAGUGCUUUCGCACAAAGAACAACGUCGCCGUAAGAAAGCAGCCAAACUCUCCUCUUCCUCCGAGCCAUCUUGCACAUCUGACCCCUCGAACCCAACUGCAAACGACUUGCUGCAUCCAUCUCGUUCGGCCGGUGGACCAGCAAGCCAACCGCGUUCCGGAUGCUCGAUCUGGAUUGGCAACCUGUCCUUCUUCACCGCGCCAGCAAAGCUUGUUGAUUGGUUCAACAGCCGAGGAGUCGAUGGCAUUUCUCGUGUUAACAUGCCCAAGGGACAACGUAGAGCAGAGAUGAAUCGCGGAUUUUGCUACCUGGAUUUGCCGAGCAAAGAUAUCUUGACGGCUGCUCUCAAUCUGAGCGAGCAGCCACUGGAUGGAAGGAAACUGUUGAUCAAAGAUGCAAGUGAUUUUACGGGUAGACCGGAUAUUAAUAGUAGUGCGUUGGGUAUUGCACGUACCUUACCCAAUGCUACGCAGAGUAUGCACAGUAACAAGCAAGAUCCGGACGAGGGUGGAGGCGAAGAAGGAGAGGAUGAGGGGGAUCAGGGAAAAGAGAAGAGCCAAGUAAAGGGUAAAACAGGAUUAACGAAAACAGCACAAAAGAUUUUACGAGCGCAAAAGAAUCCCCCCUCAAUGACGCUUUUCUUGGGUAACCUUUCCUUCAAUACAACAGAACAGGGUGUGAGAGAGUUGUUCGAUCAUUCGGCGACAAAACGUAAUCCUCCUAAAGCUUCGAAGAAGGAACGCAAACAAAAGUCGAAGAAACCCACCAAGAAAUCCUCUUGCUCUUCUUCCUCUUCUUCUUCCUCCUCCUCCUCCUCCUCUUCGUCUUCAUCCUCCGACUCGGACUCGGACUCGGACUCGGACUCGGACUCGGACUCGGACUUGGACUUGGACGAAGAAGAAAAGAAGCAGCCAGCUCAGGGAGAAGUUGUGCCAUCCUCCGCCGGCAUCCGCAAAGUCCGCCUGGGAACAUUCGAAGAUGCGCCUACCAAAUGCAAAGGUUUUGGUUUCCUCGAUUUCCACACUGUCGAACAAGCGACCGCAUCGCUCCUCGAUCCACGAAAUACCUUGCUCGAUGGUCGAAAGAUCAUCCUCCAGUAUGCCUCUGCCGACGCUACUAGAAGAGGCGCAAGCAAAAUCCAGAAGACUCUGAUCGCUAACAGACGUCCUAACGAACUAAGAGUUGGGUUCCAGAGAAAGAACCAAAUGCCCCGUCGAGCCGAAGGUGAGACAUCCAAUAGGUGCACUCGCAGGGGUAGUAAGGGAGAGGGAGAGGAAGAGGAAGAAAAGGAGGCGCCAGUACCAGGAACUUUCGACCCAAACGCACCUCUGCCAAAGAAACACAAGGAAACGAAAGAGGAAAGAAUGGCACGCAGAGCUGCAGGUGGUGCAAGAGGACGAGAAAAAGUGACAAGAGCUAGGCCAGGUGCAGCAUUGGCCAAUGCACAAAGAGCCAGUGUAGCGGUGGUGCAAAGUACGGGUACUAAAGUCACUUUUGAUGACUAA